AUGGACGACUCCGAGCAUAUCGCUUCCAAACCUGACAUGGGUCGCGCACAAGUCGUCACGUCCGACUUCGCCCAAACCAUCUGCUGUCCCUACCACGGUCACCUUGAAAAGGCGACGGAAACUUUUCUCUUUGAACAUCUCAGACGUUGUGGAUGGACCGAAGAACAAUUAAUGGCAUUGGACAGGCGUUAUAACGAUGCAGAAUCCCAAAGUUGCAUUCUAUUUGGAGAGGAAGAGUCACACGAGGAGAGGGACUACAAAUUGCAACGCAAGCUGCAGGAUGCGCUACAACAGCGACUGCUCAUUGCCAGAGCAAUGGGCGCUACGCAACCUCAUAACGACGACUGUACCGACGAACCCGGACUCCAGCAGGGGGAGCCGUAA